AAAAACGUCAAGUUCAAAACACGUGUGCACAUAAACAAAAAUUAAACUCCUCGUAAAAAAAUCAAUAAAACAGUGGUUUUUGCAAUAUUUUUACAAAUUUUCAGUGUCAUGAAACAAGAAUAAAUAAUAAACUUUGGUUUUGAGAUAAAGUCACUGUGAUAAAUCAGCAUUUUCUGCCUGAAAAUUGAGUUUCAACGAAAAGUAAGUUUUUAGAGACGGACAGAGAGAAUCAAGAGAAUGAAUAAGGAUGAGGCAAAAGAGCGAGACUUUUACCGAGACAUCCUUGGUUCACCGAAAUUCGUGGUUGCCCCAAUGGUUGAUCAAAGUGAAUUGGCAUGGAGAAUGUUAAGUCGUCUCCAUGGAGCUCAUCUCUGCUACACACCAAUGAUUCACAGUUGUCUCUUUGUCAAUGAUCCCAAAUACCGCAAAGACUCCCUGCAAACUUGUACCGAAGACAAACCACUGAUUGUUCAGUUUUGCGGAAAUGACCCUAAAGUUCUUCUUCAAGCAGGACUUUUGGUACAAGAUUUAUGUGAUUGUGCAGCAAUCGAUAUAAAUUUAGGAUGUCCUCAGGCUAUUGCCCGGAAAGGUCAUUAUGGUGCAUUUCUGCAAGAUGAAUGGGACCUUAUAUCUGACAUUGUGAGUACUCUUAGCAAGAAUUUACGCAUUCCGGUUACGUGCAAAAUAAGAAUUUUUGAGGAUAUGCAGAAGACUAUUCGCUAUGCUCAAAUGCUGGAACGGUCAGGAUGCAAAUUGUUAACAGUUCACGGAAGAACUAGGGAAAUGAAGGGACCUCUGACAGGAUUAGCUGAUUGGAAAUAUGUCAAGGCGGUCAGGGAGAAUCUUAAGAUUCCUGUGUUUUCAAAUGGAAAUAUCCAGUCUCUGGAAGAUGUUUUGCGAUGUCUGGAAGAGACUGGUGUUCAGGGAGUAAUGACAGCCGAAGGAAACCUGUACAAUCCAGCUCUGUUUGAGGGAAGAAUUCCUCUGACGUGGGAAAUGUGUAAGGAAUAUUUGGAUCUUGUGGAAAAAUAUCCUUGUCCAUCUUCCUUCACAAGAGGACAUCUUUUCAAAAUACUUCAUCAUCUGCUAGCUCUACCAUCUAAUGAUUCCUAUCGAAGUAGAAUUGCUACCGGGCAGAAUCUUAGUGAUUUCCGUAGGGUCGUAGAAGAGUUGCAAGAAAAGUACGAACCUGUCCAUGAAGGCCUUGUGCAGUACAAUCCGGAAUUUCCAUCAGCAGAUUCAGAAAAAUCGAUUGAGACUUGCAAUCUCAGUCUUCCCCCUUGGCUGUGCCAAUCGUACAUCCGAAUGCCACCGGAAGAGCACAAGCAGAAACUUGAGGAAGCUCAGAGAAGAGCUGAGGAUCCAAAUCGUGAAAAGAGACUCUUCUACGACGUGGAUGGCAAUGAAAUAUCGCGAAAGAAGAUGAAGAAGCUAAGAAGGAUCAGCAGACGACCAGGAAAAGAUGGAAAGAUACAGCAACACGAUAGAUCAUCGAGAAAAUCUUUUGACCCUUGUAUCAUCUGCAAGAAUCCAGUUGGAUUGAGAUGCACGUUUUCAAUGUGCAAACCCUGCUGCAGAAAUUAUUUCUUUGAAAAUAAUAAAGAAUGCGAGGGACACAAAAUAUUCAAAAAAAGAUGAUAGAGCAUUAAAAUUCUUGACUUAAUGUUUUUUAACAAUAAAUAGAAUUGUUAACUUAUUAAAAU